UGUAUUUGCCGUGCAGAGGAUGAAUUAAAGGGGUACGAGUGGCUUAUCAUUUCAGUCAGUCUAAACCAUUACCAUCUGCUUUCUGUUCAUGUAUUGAUGUUGUGAUUUCGAACGUAGUUUCUUAUCAUUCAAUAUCUUUGCUCACACGCCAUGACUCCUCUGGCCAUGUGAUGGAGAUAUAAGACAUCAUGGCUCUUAUAGUGGGAAAUUAGUGCUUCUUGUACAUUAUAGACAUCUAAACAUUACACGUUCAUUUGUAUGAAAGGAUAACUUAUCAUGAAUAGUUCAGCUGGAUUAUCGGAGACAGCCCCCGUGAGUAGCGGUUCAACGUUACGUCCCUAUCUCAGAAGGAAGAAAUCAUCAUUAGGAGAGACCAAAAUUGCUGUAGUAGGCGCAUCUGGUGUUGGCAAAAGUGCGUUAGCAGUGCGAUUCCUUACAAAAAGAUUUAUAGGUGAAUACGACCAAUCAAAUGAUGCCAAAUAUAAGUGUACCACAUGCAUUGAAGGUGAAACCGUGGCCUUUGAGCUGCUUGACACUCGAUCAAAUAAUGAUGAUAAUGGGACGCGUGACGAUGUUUUACGAUGGGCAGACGGCUUUAUGUUAGUCUAUUCAGUAACAAGCAGAGACUCAUUUGAUGCACUGAUAGAAAUACAGAAAAAGAUAGAAGAAACGAAGAAAGGUGUCCAUGUACCAAUCAGUGUUGUAGGAAAUAAAUCUGAUUUAGCUCAUAUACGACAAGUUACACAAGAUGAAGGAGUGAAACAAGCAGCUGAAUUUGGUUGUUCUUUUCUCGAAGUAUCGGCAUCAGAAGAUGUUCUUAAAGUCACGGAAGCUUUCCACGUGUUGUGUAAAGAGGUUGUGGAAUUCAAAAGGCGUUCUAGAACUUUCUUAGAUAGAGUUUUCGGGUUAAAGAAAUCGUGACCAUGGUUGCUGUAACAAGUUCUAUGCAAUUCUCAAGUGUCACGCGCUUUACAACGACGCGUUAACCAUUUAGUAAAAAUACCGUCUGCAAAAAAAAAGACUAGAAUAACAAGAGUUGCCUCCCUUUAAUAACUUGGCGUUGGAAGGCAACAAAGCACUCCGUGCAGUAAGCUACAUUUCUGUGAUGCCAUUCGGAACAUAAUUAGGUGGUGCCUUUCUUUGAUGCAAAGACUAGUUGUUAAAUAUCUAGAUUGUAUAAUUUAUUGAAUAACAUUUAUUUGUAUAUUUUUGUUUAUUAAUUCUCUUGAAUUAUUGUGUAUAGACUUCGGCUUUUUGCUCGAUGAUAACAAACCAUUGUCUUUGUUGGAUUUUUGAGAAUUCAACGAUUUCAUGGGAUUAUCGUUUUUUUAACAAUUAAUAAUCAUUUUUACUUACUCAUAGAUGUAUAACUUAACCAAUCUUCGUACAGACUUUCUCACCAAUGUUCAAAUAAAAGAAAUCUAACAAACA